AUGGCUGAUAACCAAUCCGCCAUUACUCUCUCCCGUAAUCCUGAGUUUCACAAACGGACGAAGCAUUUCAACCGAGCUAUUCUGAAUUCAGGAGAGAUUAGUCUCGAAUAUAUUCUAACCGAGGAACAAGCAGCUAAUAGACUCACCAAGCCUUUAGGGCCUUCUCCAUUUAUUAAGUUCUGCAAGCUUUUGGGAAUCUGCACUGAAGAACACAUGAAGGAAGAUGUGUAA